AAACAAGGCUUUAUAUACAACUAGGUAUUUCACUUCCUCCGCAGUUGUGUUUUUCUCACCUAGCUGGACAUAUUUCACAGUUCAUCAUGAAGGCUGACUGUGUGUUUAUUAUGACGUUAAUGACUGUCGUCGCAGCUGAUUUCUAUAACUCAAAGUACGACAGUUUUGACGUUCAACCACUACUGGAAAAUGACAGGAUUCUACUCAGUUAUACAAAAUGUUUCCUAGACCAAGGACCCUGUACCCCUGACGCAAAAGAUUUUAAAAAAAUAAUUCCAGAGGCCCUAGAAACUACUUGUGGCAAGUGCAGUCCUAAGCAGAAGCAAUUAAUAAAGAAAGUGAUCAAGGCUGUGAUAGCUAAACACCCUGAGGCCUGGGAACAGCUCAGUGACAAAUAUGAUAAGGACAAAAAAUAUAAAGACUCCUUCGACAAAUUCUUAGCAGAACAAGAUUAAAUAAUGUAAUUUAGUUUUUGUGAAUUGUACAGGCGUUUUAUAAUUUAUCGAUUUUACUUUGUAAGUAUAGUACCU